AGGCAGGAGGGCUCAGGGCACACCCAGGCUGGCACAGGACACCGAGUGCCCGUCCCUGGGGCACGGCCAUGGAGCUGAGAGCCCUGAUCCUGCUGCCCCUCUGCUUCCCGGGUCUCCAAGGCCAAACCUCUGAAGUUCAGAGACGACGGGAAGGGGGCACCCUGUACAUCCAGUGUCCUUAUGCACAGAGGGCUACUACCCAGGAGAGAAAAUUCUGGUGCCUCUCGAAAGAUGGGGCAUGCCAAGAAAGAGUGAGAACAUAUAAUGAAUGGUGGCAAAAAAGCACGGAUGGGAGAACUCAGAUAAGGGAUGACACCACUAAUAGGACUGUGUCCAUCACCAUGACUGACCUCAAGGCAGAGGACUCAGGCACAUAUUUCUGUGCUUAUUAUACGUACCAAUAUGUUACCCCUGGAUACAUACAGCUGAGGAUCAUCUCCCUGAAUGUUUUCCAGGAGCUGCUCAGGUGGGAGCUGGACACGCUGUGGGUGCAGUGCCCAGCCUGGUGCCGGAGAGGGCAGUGCACAGUGGAGAGAAAAACAUCCUCGAGCAGGAGCACAACCAAAUCCCUGCAAGACAGAGCAACAAUCCACUAUGAUGGUCAGGGGACCCCCACUGUCACCGUGAGGCAGCUGCAGACCCGGGACUCUGGUGUGUACUGGUGUGCACUGGGCUCCGAGCGCACCACGGAGAUCGUGCUCUCUGUGCACAAGAGGACCCAGCAGCGCACAGCCGAGGAGUCAGGCACCGUCUCUGUCCAGUGCCACUACAGGAUCGCCGACUACGCGUCCGCCACCAAAGCCUGGUGCAGAAAGGAGGGGGAAACGUGCCGCGUGCUGGCCACCACCGGCUCGGAGCCCCCGGCAGCGAACGGCACGGCCCGGGCCGGUGUCACGGUGCGGGAUGACAGCCAGCAGGGCAUUGUCACCGUCACCAUGGCGCAGCUGCAGCCGCAGGACUCGGGCGUGUACUGGUGCGCGCUGCAGGAGCGCGCCGCGCUGUCCCGCAUGGAGGAGAUCACGCUCAGCGUGUCCAGGGCGUUGCCUCCGGGAGGUUCUCCAGACACUGAAAGGAAAAGUCAAGAUAUUCUGUUGGGUGAGCCCAGCUCCAGCACCUUCAUCAUCGUGACCGUGGUGCUCUUCAUCCUGCUGCUCCUGGCCCUCAUCACCUCCACAGCCCUGGGUGUCAGGUACUACAAGCUCCUGGCCAGAACAGGUAACAGAGAAGCAGAGGACACCAGAGACAGACCAGGGGGCACAGCACAGCCUGGCAGCAGUGGGAGGAGGAAAAGCUCUCAGGAUGACAGCCAAGGGUCAGGCUACAUCAACCUGGAUGUGCAGUCCCAGCCCGGCCCCGAGGACCCUCUUUACUGCAACGUGGAGCCGAGCCAGGCUGCGCGGAGCCCGCCGGGUGUGGAAUACGCCCUCAUCGCCUUCUCCCGGCCCCAGGAGCAGCAGGGAACGAGCCCCACACAAACCUGAAACGGGGAGAGCAACUGGGACACAGACUGGGAAUGAGGAGGAGGAGUGAGGAUGGACGAGCUGAGUUUUGCUGCUCCGUGUGUGUGGUGUUGUCUGAGCGUUUUCAGCCCUCCCUCCUGGUUUAGGGUCAGACUGUCCUGGUUUGGAGGACAGGUGUCUGCCAAUAAAGGCAGGAGCUCUUCUGUGAAAUGAAGAAUAUAAA